AUGAGCCACUCGUCACCCGCCGCCAUCCUCGUCCCUGCGACGCCCGCCCAGCAGCACCUCCUGUGCGCCUCGACAGCGUGGGUCCCGCCGCCGCCGACAGCGAUGCGAAGGCAGGGCAACAAGAUCGCACCCGUACCCGCCGAGCAACACUUUAUCACCGCGAGCGACAUCCAGCAAUGGCGAGGCGAGCACCCGACCGAACCCCUCCGGCCGCCGACGGUCGACACUGCGACUCGCCCACCCGCUGGAGAGGGCGCGGCGCUGGACAAGGCGACUCUGAAGAACUACAGGCCUCCACAACACCCAGCGUCACACGUACUCCACACCAUCCCGCCGCGCGCACCCUCGCGCUCGUCGCGGUCGAGCAUCCUCGCCUACGCUCUCCACCUCGCCACCUCGUCGCGCCUCUCGUCGUACUCGUCCCCAUCGGGCUCGCGACAGCUCCUCCACCUCGCCGAACUCGAGCGGGAUACCCAGGACGGGAUCGACAUCGAUGACGAGUGGAUCGACAGCGAGGAAAAGACCAAGGGGCUGUACAAGGUCGGAGCGAACCUCCUCCAUGCGCACAUGCGCGAGGGGGAACUCCCGCCUUCCGUCGAGCGGCGGGUGGCAUUGGGAGGCUUUGCGGAAGAGGCGUUGCUCUCGCCCGCCGCCGAGCGCGUUGUGACCAAGAUCGACUCCGAGUCGGUCCAGCCCUCGGGCGAGCUUGACGAGUUGAUCGCCCUCAAGCCGCUCACGACGCCGGACACGACGACGUUGUACCACUCGACGUCUGCGACGGCGAUGGGAGGCGACGAGUCGGGUCGUCCGAGGGUCAACUCGGUCGCGCAGUCGCUCAUCGACCUCAAGUUUGGCGGACAGGCCGAGUCGGCAGGCCCUUCGUCUCCUUCCCUCUUCGACGACAAGAACCCUCUCGAUGCCGGCGCAGAGGCGUCCACCUCUUCAGCCGGCGGUCCCGCAACAACCCCGCACAUGGACUACCGCAUCGUCCUCUCGCAAUCGAUGCGUUCCCGCGCCCGCUCAAUCUUCUCCACCUCGCCCCUCCCCUCCCUCCCAGCCUCGUACUGCCGCCGGCACCGCGUCCGCUCGUGCGCAGUCUGCGCCGCACUCGUCGCAGCCUCUUCAGAGCGCGAAUCGAACCACGCCCAGAUGCGGAGGAAGAACAUCCCUGGUUCGGGUUUGCGGAUGCAGUUCGUCCCCUCUGGCGCGGGUGCGGGCGGGGCGGCGACGGGCGCAGGGACGAAGAAGCCCCUCGUACAGCUCGUUCCGGAUUUCCUCAAGCUCAGUGCGGCGUUGUUCCGCGAUGUGAGGGAGCGCGCGAACAGGCCUUACGAGGCGGGAUCGAGUGCGGAUCAGGACGAGGCGAAGAUGGAGGAGGCGCUUUGGGCGAGUGUGGUCAAGACCGAGGACAAGAGCGCGUCGACGUCGCCUGCGAUGAAGGCUGGCCAGUCGCUCAAGGGCAAGGAGCGGGCUGUCGAGGCCGAGGGCGAGGGCGCGGGCGCGAAGGAGGACAAGCCCUCGACGACAACGGCGGCGGUCGAGAUGCAAGUCACGGCCGAAUGGUACGACCUCUUGACGAUGAUGCUCGCCCAAGCUUGUCUCGAGGGCUACCUCGUCGAUGGCUGGACCGGUACCGAAGGCGUCGAGACGCUCUUUGGCGUUGGGUGCGGCGUGUGGGAAGGCAGGGGGUGGAGCACGAAUGCUCCGACGGUCCCGACGCCGGCGCUGGGCGCGACGAGGAACCUCAAGCGCCAGAAGCAACGCACGUCGCCGGUCUUCUCGGUCCCGUCGCUUGAUGGGGAGGAGUCGUCCAGCGAUGAGGACGACGACGAGGAAGAGGAGGAGCUGGAGAGGGCGAGGGUGAGGGAGGAGGAGGCGCGCGUGUUGGUCGAGGCUGCGAGACUGCUCUUUGGCUCGAGGGACGUCGCGCAGGCCGACUACGAGCGCGGGAUGCGAGACCGCACGCAUGAGUUCCUCAACGUCCCGCAGAACAAGAAUCUGCACGAGCACCUCGAUGCGCUGAGCGUAAAGUACCCGCUGUCGCAGUUCGAGGACGCGCUCGUCGACUUCCUUGAGGCGGGAGUGCGGUUGCUCGGCCGGCCUGCGCUUGCACAAUACGACCCCUCCGCCGCAUCCUCCCGACCACCCACCUCGAACGCCUCCGCCUCGACGACCCAAUCCGCCAACCACGUCACAGAACCCGAUCCCUACGCUCUCGUCCGCUAUUUCGCCCCCGCAUCUUUCGCCACCGUCCCUUCGCUCGCGAGUCCGGCGCUAUUCGUCCGUGGACAGAGGGACCAGUCGCCUCCGUCGGCGGCAAAGCUGGAGGAGGAUCGCGGCGCAAAGCGACGACGGACGGACUGA